ACAUUUCCAUUUCCAUGCAGGUAUUCCGUGUGAGCCUGGUGCUGCUGGCCGCCCUGCCUCUGGUGUGCCACGCCUAUCCCGCAGCGGACAAGUCCCUCUCGCUGGAGGACGUAUCCUCAGACCUGGACAACGAACAGGGCGAGAGCGUGAAGGAGUCACAGAUAGCCAAGCGUUCCGGCAGCUUCGACUAUGUGGCGCACCUGAAGUCGGGUCUGCUGUCGGGCAUUGGCCAGGCCUCUGCCUCGAUUGCCGGUGGAAGCUCUGGUGGCAGCCAUGGAGGAGGUGGCGACAGCUACAAGUCCCACGAAAUUGUGGUCCAUGGCAACUCCGUGGACUAUGAUCCCUGGUCGUUCAAGAAGUCCGUGCUGAACACCAUCUUCCAGGCGGUCAAGGCCAUCACUGGCGGUGUGACUGCUCUCAAGGGUCAGCUGAUCAAGGGCAGCGGGUAUGCCCUGAGUGCGGGUGGCAAUCUGGUGGCCGCCGGCGGCGACAAGGUCACGGAUGUGGGCAAGUCUAUCAUCAACUCGGCGCACAUCAACUCCCACACCUACGCCACUAGUCACUCCAGCGGCAGCAGCGGUGGACUCUUCGCCAAGCUCAGCUCCCUGUCGGGUGCCUCUUCCGGUGGCAGCAGCGGCCACAAGUCCGCCCCAUCCCCCGUUAUCCAUACUGAUACCAUCACCACGUACGAGAUACCCAGUGGCCAUGCCAGCUACGGACCGCCAUCAAAGCCCCCGACCUACAGCAGUGCCACGCACCAGUAUCUGCCCCCAGUGGGAGGUAGCUAUGGGGGCAGCGGCGGCGGUGCGCCAUUCAGCGUAAGCCACUCGGCGGCCUUCGAGGCACCGUCCAGCAACUAUCUGCCAUCGGCCUAUGGACAAGAUGCGGACAGCGCCCACAGCAACGACUUCAACAUCUACGGGCGCCACACGAAGCUGACGGAUGACGAGGCCCGACGGGCGGCGAAUCAGCUGCAGGAGAUCCUCAAUCUGCUGCCCAACGGCAAGACGGAGUACACGGCCUCCAAGACGGUAGAUCUGCCCACAGGAGGAUCGGGGCUGGAGCAUGCGGAGGUCUACAACAGCUAUGGAUUGCCGCUGCCCAACACUCUGGGAACCCUAGAGUCCCUCUCGCACACGGAGUCGAUAACGGCAGCAUAUGGACCGGCAGUGAAGAAUCCCGCCGAUGUGUACCACCAGAUGGCCAAGAGGCCGAGCGGAGGACAAACUGCAGAGGAGCUGUACAUUCAGAAGCAUCCCAAUGAGGGCUACGACUAUCCGCCGCCGGCACAGGCACAGGCUCCAGCAGUAGCCCCACAGCCACAAGCUGUGAACGAGUAUCGCGUGGAGAACUACCAUGCCACCAAGAGCAACGCCCUCAAGGAUCUGUCGCCCAUCAUAGCCGCCCUGGAGGUGGCCAAGCGGAAGGGGAAUCACCACCAGAACGGUCCCGUGAACUACGCCAUCGAGAAGCAGGUGCACAAGGAGUUGCCCUUCAACUACCUGCCGCCGGUAGUACAAAAGUCAAAGUAUGUGUACAGUGCGCCACCGCCGGGACGUUAUAGUCACAGUGGGGGCUACAAGGUGCGUCGCCAUGCGCCCAAGCAUCCGAAGCGCGUCUUCCGGCCGCAGGACUACGAGAUACAGGAUCCGCUGAUGUUCAACCGCCUGCUGGAGGUGUGAAGAGCAGCCCGGAGACCAAAGUGUGCUAGAACCUAGUUGUAGUCCUCUAAGUCAUGUGCAGCAUUUAAUCCUAGAUCGUUUACAGCUAACUUAUUUAUG